AUGAGUUAUUCAAAAGAAGGCUCUGGAGAAACCGGAAUCUCCACUUCUGGUGCUCGACUUAUGAAGGUCAAGCAAGAAGUCGGUGAAAAGAUGAAGAGAGAUGAGAAGAAAAGGAAGGCUAAGCAGACGAUCGGCGUGAGAGUUGCCAAACGAGCGAAGAAGAAAGAUGGUUUCAGUGAGAGCGUUCCCCAUGGAUUUCAUCCACCUUCUCUCUUGAAGAGUCAGGAGGUUGUUAACCUCAUGGUCCAAGCCCAUGGCCGGAAGGAUUUAGCCAGGGCUUGUGAUCCCGACGAAACCCCCGAAACUGCUCCGGAGGGUUGGUUCUGCAUCCAUGAGAAGUAUAUUUCCAAAUGUCAUCUCAGGUUCCCGCUUCAGACCCUUCUAUUGGAUCUCCUCGAUCAUUACCAACUAGCUCUCUCCCAGCUUUGCCCUUCUGUUAUACGGGUGAUAAAUGGCUUUAUCACUAGGUCCAAGGAGGAGGGAGUCGCCGUCGGACUUACCGAUCUGAUGAGCCUUUUUCCAAUCAAGGAGAGCUCUUCUAAAGAAGGUGGCAGCGGAACCUACUAUCUUCCAUGUCGCCCCAAACUGUGUAUCUUCAAGUUUUCUGGAAGUGAUGAUGACUGGCGGAAGAAGUAUUUUUAUGUCAAAGUCGAUCCUUUGACGGUUCAUGUGGGUCAUAUUGAGGAUCCUGCUAAACUUUCCGGUAAACUCACCAGAGCUCUUUUCCGGAAGCUGCAGCAAAGCCCAUGUACCUGGGCUGCCUUUACUACCUCACGAAUAGGAUCAGCUAGGUUCCCGGAUCGAUACAACGCUUCCUUUCUGGAUCAUGUUUCUGUUGUGGAUCUAGAAGGUAACUCGGUGGUAUCACUUUCGACGGAAGCUAGCACCUCUGAAACCGAAAAGACUCAACCAAGCAGAAUGCCUCUUCAGCCGUCAUUCCGUUUCAGGGGUAGACCAGCCAAAGCGGCCAACACUUCUCGUGGGAGUGAAAAAAAUCAGGGAGGAUCUUUCCUCAGUUCCGUGAAGGAAGUCCUUGAUGAUGGCACUUCCGACCCUGUUAAGGAGGUCACUCCUGCUGAACCGAAGGUUCAAGAUGUUACUCCUCACCCUAAGGUUCCGGUGGUGGAAGCUGACCCCCAAGUUGUCAAAGAUCCUCUCGAGGUUAAGCUCCCUAGGAACAAGAGGUCCAGGACCGAUCAGCUGGCUGGAGCUGUUAACAGGGCUCAAUUGAAGUUUGAGGAUGCUAUGCACAAUGCCCCCAAUGCUGGAGCUCAGGUUACUGAGCUAGUCAAAGCUACCAAGAUGGAGCUUGAUCAGGCUCGGGUCCAAGUUUCUGAACUUCAAGCCGAGGUCGAGAGACUUGGUACCAAGGCUGACACUCAGCAAGGAAAGAUCGAGAGUCAAGCGAUAGAUAUCCAAAUGAAGUGCAGGAGGAUCGCUGAGUUGGAUACUGCUCGGAGGAUAGCUGAAUUGCAGGUUAGGGAGCUGAUUACUUCAUAUCAAGACAACCAGAGGAACAAGGAAGCUGAGGUCAAGCUAUCCGUUAGGAGAGGAAAAAGGGAGGUAGCUGACGCUUAUAACAAGGUCUUAGCUUCCGUCAAAGAGAAGUUCUCCAAGAAAAAGGAUGAAGUUGAUCUUCAUAUUUACGCUCAAGAGCUUCAGGCCAAUACCGAGCUUCUGAAGGAUAUGUUGAAAAAUGAGAUCAAGAGUGCCGAAGAUGAGUACAAUCGUUUGAUGGCUCUUAUGCCGGAAGCGGCUGCUGCGUACGAAAAGGCACAAGUCUCAGACUUCUCGAUUAGCAAGCUCCCUCUUCCUCAACUCUCAGAGAGCUCAAGUACUUUCGAGAUCAACAUGUUUAAUCCAUUCUUUUCUGGAGAGUAUGGUUCUAAUUUAGGUUUGGUGGGUUCUUACUUAGCCCCAGUCGAAACCACCCCGGGAGAUGACGACAAAGAAAUGGAUGAAGAAGUUCCUGCCAAGGAGAAUGAACCAGUCGAGGAGGAUAAGGAUGUUGAGAAGAGUUCUGGUGAUAAGGAAGGUUAA